GAAGUAGGUACCCAAGCUUUGCUUCUACCUGCUCCCAACAAACACACAAAAACAGAAAACCCAAUUUCACAGAAUGUCAAGAAUCAAAUGGGAGCUUAGAAGGUAUCUGGUUUAACUCCUGAACUAGGGAGAGAACCUUUUCAAUGAGAUAUCUGACCAGAUUAGUUGUCUAGCUUUUUCCUUGAAGGCCUCCAUUGAGGCUCCAGAAGGCACCCAGUGAGAGAGAAAUAAUCACUUCUUUUGGCAGCCCAACCUAUUUCUGGUAACCCUAAUUGUUAUUUUCAUAAAAAAUCUAAAUUUUCUUGGAAUUUUCACUCAUUUGCUCCUAGCUCUCCUCUCCAGAGCUGAAAAACUUCCUUAGUUACUUGAAAGACAUGAAGACUGCUAGCAUCUUCCCCAAGUCUUAUCUUCAGGCCAAAAUGCCUCAGUCCCUUCAAAUAAUCUUUAUAUAAUCCUUCAACCAUUCUCCUCCAGACUCAACCUAGCUUAUCAUUGCCCUUUGGAAGCACAGAAUCCCUCAAUCUGGAGAGGAACUGGAGAUCAUCUUGUCCAACCUAUAUUUUAGUUAUUAGGAAUUGUUUGUACCAUCCCACUACCCCUGAUUGGCAAAUCAUAGAAUUUUCCUCUGCCUAUCUUUCUGUGGUGGGAGACAGGGGAUCUAGGACAGAUAGGAGGACAUCAAACAGAGCAAAGCUGAUGCUGUGAAAGGACAGCAUCUUCCUCAUCCAGUCCAGGAGAGAGCCCUGGCCCCAACUCCCAAAGUGAAAGGAGCCAACUAAGAAUCUUUAGCUGUGUCCAAAUGACUACAAACAAUUAUGCAGAGGCUAAGAAGGCAAAGGAGAAGAGAUUGGAGCUCAGUGAAGUUCAUCCAAGGAGCUUCCUCAAAAAAGGGGAGGUAUUGAAAGUGGCUAUGGUUUGCAGUUAAAAGUUGACCUACUUGAAAAGGGAAAUAUGGGGCAAGACCUGUUUGAGGAGUGUUUAGCUGGGGCUACAUGCAGCAGAACCCUAGUGGUGGGGAAACCAUUAAAACCCUGGGAACCUGGUUAUUGUGAUGUCUCCAUCCCAUUAUGACUCACCUUUCCCCCAUAACUGCUGGCUUCCAGAACAAAUUCAUAAUAAGGUGGGGGGGACCUGGGGGGUCCCCUGGGACCCCCCAUCAUGGGUGACCCUUUCCAACAAGGGACCCAUUCCUGUUCAGGUCGUGGUUCUGAAAAUUGCCAGAACUUGGGCGAAUAUAUCUUGGUAUUCCUGGGCCUCGUCAUCUUCAUCAACAUUGGACUCAAUGUGGUGACUCUGCUCCGGUGCCGCCUUAGGGGCUUUUUCAACCAAAUAUUCCAUAAGUUUUUUCAGGAAGAUAACAUGUUCAAGCUGGCCCCAGUUGUUCCUAAGAAACUGCUCAUCCACACGCCUCCAGCACUGAAGCAGACAUGGAGACCUGCUUAUCGGGAACCCCCUGUCUAUAGAAACUCUCCUGUGUGUCAGAAUCCUGCUGUCUGUUGGAAAUCUCCUAUCUGUCGGAACCAUUCUGUCUUUCCUAAUUCUGCUGCCCGUUGGAAUCCUGCAGUCUGUCAGAACCUUGCUCUCUCUGACCACUGCUCUAUGGACACUUUGACUCUUGAUGUGACCCCUCCAGGCUCUUGCUUUCAACACUCAGUUUUCUCAUCAGAACCUAAACAAUGUCUAGAUGACAGGCUUCCCAUUGGAGAUGACAAAGUUUCCCAUUCUCCAAGGCCUCAGGCACAAUGGGAAGAGUUAUCAGCUUGUCCCCCAUCUCCUGCAACCCAUUUGCAACAAUACCUGGGAAGACCAGCCAAGAGGGUGGAAGCAAAGUCCAGGAUGGAACUGAAAGCUUAUGUGUACCCCAGUAAGCUUUCAUCACAUAAUGCUGAGUCCCAGAGCUGCAGAGAGAAUACAGAAUCAGGCACGUAUGGAUAUUUCUCCCAGCUCUUCCACCAGGUUACAGUUAAACCUCUAAGUUACAAUUCUGUGCCCUCCACAAGCCAUGUGAUGUACAAUAGCUGGGAAAAGAAGAGGCAAGUAUGGAAAGAAAACAAGGGUGUUGACAGCUUGCCCCAUGCAUGCCCCCCAGACUCUCCUGAAAAGCCAAGCCAGGAAUGGGUAUACUACUCCAUGGAGUAGUGUCAUGGAGAAUAAUAAAAUGGAAAAAUAAGGGAUAGCUUGUAGUUGAUGUCUGGGAUGCCUUGAUCCUAGAUACCAAAGGCAGAUUUCCUGGUGAUAGAAUCUAAUACCCAUUCAAAGUUUAUGUGGUAUUUUAUGGCUUGAAAAGUGCUUUCUUUACACUAUACUAUGAGAAGGAGAUGGAGAAAGAUGAUUCUCCUUAUUUUACAGAUGAGGAAACUGAAGCUGAAUGGCUGAAAACAUUGAGUUGAUUUUGUCUAAGAUAAUAAAGCUAGUUAGUAGCAGAAUGAAUCUCAAACCUAUAUCUACUGACCCAAUUGUAUGUCUCUUCCUACUAAAUCAUGCUGCCUCAUACCAGUUUAAAAGAAGAGGAAGGGCAAUUAGAUGGCUCAAUGGAUAGAGAGCACCAGACCUAAAUUCAGG